AUGUUUUCCUCAAAACCCGCAGCUCCCUCAACAGGGCUCUCCAUCAACACAAACUCCGCCAACUCUCUCUUUGGCGGCAAUACCUCCGCGACUACGCCGGCCUCGACAGGCGCUUCUGGAGGUCUAUUCGGGACCGCCGCGACGCAAUCGAAGCCAGCUGGUGGCCUAUUCGGAAACACUGGGACUGGAAAUACACAACAGACGCAAAACACUGGGUCAAGCUUGUUUUCAGGGUUGGGUGGUCAGCAAAACAGCACGUCGGGGACCGGAUUGUUUGGCAAUACCACAACCAACACUCAACCACAAACCGGCGGUCUGUUCUCUGGCACUGCUGGCGCGAACAAUACCACAACGCAAACAAGCAAUACUGGAGGGCUUUUUGGAAACAUGGCAGCGGGAUCCACUACUCAGGCUCAGUCGAAGCCCGCGUUCAGUCUAGGCUCGACCACAACCGGUACUGGUAUCUUUGGCACGAAUACAAACGCUGGGCAACAGCAGGCCCAAAAGCCUACGCUAUCCCUUUUCGGAACCCAGAAUACUACUACGCAGCAACCCACACAACAGGCGCCAGCAGCUGGUGCUAGCACAGUAAUUCAGGGUGCCAAAGUCGACACUACCAACAUUCUGCCAACCACAAAGUACGAAAGCUGUGCGGAUGAGGUCAAAGCAGAUCUCGAACUGUUCGAUACGUUCAUCGUUAACCAAAUCAAAAUGUGCAAUGAGGUCGCAAGUAUUCUGCCUCUGGUUUCGUCUCAAGGCAGUACUAUACCGAAUGACGUGGAGUAUGUCCAGGGCAAGCUGGAAACAAUGCAACACGCCUUGGAAAAUGACGCCACCGAUAUCGACCAGCUUCGAAGCCUCGUGUCUCGAGACGCAGCGGAGGCGGAGGUCGCCUUUCGUGCGAUCGAUACCCUCAAACUUCCGAUGCAAUACCAGUCAACCGGAGGCUCUGGAUGGUGGUCUGCUCAAAACCAGAAGGUAUCGGAUUCCAAAUCGAUGCGAUCGACGCGAAAGAACACUCUGGCGCUCCCGGAUGAUGUUGAAGGUGAUCCAUCCACGAGCAGCAUCAACGGAGUGCCUGUGAACCUGGUGGACUACUUUACUCAGCGGUCUGACGAGAUGGGCGACGUCCUUGAGCGCUAUACCCGGAACCUGAAGGAGAUCGAGGACCAUCUUCACGGGGUCGAAUCUACUCUGGAACGACAGAUCCACGAGUUCACAACUUCCCGAAAUCGUGAUAGUGCCGGAAAUGGUGCUCCAAGGACAGUCUUAAAUGACCUUGCUGCUGUUCUUGGUGAUGUCGAGACGGGUAUUUUGGGUGUUGCCAGCCGUUUGGGUGCGGUCACGGAGCAGGCGCAGGAAGUCGUGCUCGGCGCGCCAUCUGGUCGGAGACAGGCGUAG